AUGUUUAGUGCUGUAGUUCUCUUGGAUUUAAUCUAUAGUAUAUAGGUCAAUGAAAUCCCGAUGGUGGUGUGCAAUUCAUUGAUUUUAUUGUUUUCCAUAAUUCAUUAGUUCGUCAAAUUCAAGAUCAAUAAAUGUGAAUACCUUCUGAUAAUCGUCUUGUUCUUUCACAAUGCCGUAUAAAUAUACUAUUAUGGAAGGAAAUCAUUGUGGUUUUUGAUUUAUCUUUUACAAAUAUUCAAAUUGGAAUAACAUACUCAAAUACUUAAAUAUUGUAAAUUUACUUAAUUAGCUGUCAAUAUUAUUAUAUAUUCUAUUCAAUAUGAUGGUCAAAUCAAUUUUGCCUAUUUUCAGUAACUCAAUUAUUGUAUUUUCAUCUUAAUUUAUCAAAUUUACAAUUAAAACGAACAGGUGUCAGAAAUCGACAUUGCCCAAAAUUAAAUUAUUGAAGAUAUCAAGUAAUUAAUAAUUUUUAAACUAUUUGAUCAGAAAUGUAAUGAUCUCUCCAAAAAUGCCUCUAACUUCAACUAUAAUUAAUUGCAGACUACUCCAAACUAAAACAAUGAUAACCAAAACUUUCAAAUCAAAGCUUAUUAAGAUAAAGAGUUUGAUAGUCCUGCUUAGAAUCAAUGUGGAUGGGAACCUAGCAUUGUAUUUAAUGAUUAUCAGACAUUUAUAGAACAUAUCAAAAGUUAAGAUAAUUAAGAUUCUUAAUAUCAUUAUGUGGCUAUAUAAACUGAUUUUAUCAAGAAUAUCAAAACAAAAUAUAAUGUUUUAUACAAAAAAUUCGGAAAAAAUGAGUUAAUUACAAUUGCAUUAAUUAGAAUUGACAGUUUCCACCAAAGAUUAAUGAUUUGGAAGUUCAAUAAAUUCAAAAAAUACUUCUAUGACAUCUUUGCUCAUAAAUUAAAAACUCCCCUAAACGCUUCCUUAGGUUUCCUAUCAUCUGCCUACAACUAUACUGAAAUGGAUAAUGCUAUCAAACAGAAUUAUAUUAAACCUGCAUAUAUCAACUCUAAAUUGUAAUAUUUUUAAAUAUCAGAUCUUCUGGAAUUUCUUAAUCCAUAAAGUGAUUAAACCAGAAUCUAAUAUUAUAAAAUUAACAUGAAAUCAUUUCUAUUUACACUUAAUGAAUUGAUAGAAUCUUAAUGUUAAAACAAAAAGAUACUAUUCUAAGUUUUUGUGGAGAAUGUUCCAUUAAAUAAUAUCGAUAAAUUCUACAUUUUAUCAGAUUUACUCAAGUUAGAAAGAAUUCUCUACAAUUUGCUUAACUUAACUUACAGAUACACUCCAUAAAAUGGCCAAAUUACACUUAAUCUAUGCAUAGAUAAGAAAAAUUCAGAGGUCUUAUUUAUCAUUAAUAGUAACGAAUUCUUGUUUAAUAAUGAAGAACUAGAAAAUAUAAAUGAAUGCAUUAGAUGCUAAGUGGAAUUUCAAUAUAAAAAAAAGUCAAUAGCACUUAAGAAAGAAAUUAAAUUGUCCUUAGAAAUCACUAAUCAUUUAAUUAAUAUACUAAAUGAUUAAGAAUACCAUCUUGAGAUUUCUUAAUCAGAUGGUGGGACUGAAUUCAAAUUCAAAUUAAUCAUUAAGGAAAAUAAACUAACUGAAGGAUCUUUGGAAUAGUUCACUAUUGGUUUUAUGUUGAAAUAGAAAAGUACUAAAACUGUAAAUUAUGGAACCAACGAAUAAUCAUGUAAUAGUUCCAAUUUGAUUAAACCAAAAUCAUUAUCACUAUUUUCAUCCUCAAAAGUUGUGCAUGAACCAUAAGCAAACACUCCUAUUACUACUCCAAUAAAUUAACCGAAGACGUUCAAGACCCCAGCCUUGAAAAGGUUACGAUCAUCCUUUGCAGAUAGAGUUUUGAUAGACUUUGAUCAGAAAAUUUUAAUUGUUGAUGACGAACCAUUCAAUCAUGACAUUUUGAUUUUGAUGAUGAAGACUAUGGGUUAUACUUAAUUCCUAAAAGCAUAUAAUGGACAACAAGCAAUCGAUAUAGUCAAAGAAAAGAAAGGACAAAUUUCCAUAAUAAUUAUGGAUUUAGACAUGCCUAUAAUGGGGGGAAUCGAAGCUACAAGAAUUCUGGUAGAAAUGAUGUUGGAUUAAAAAUUAGACUACAUACCCAUAAUUGGUUGCACUGCUCAUGAUGACAAGGAAACCAUAGAUAAGUGCCUUUAGAUUGGGAUGCUUUAUGUUGUGGUGAAACCUGUAUUUGUAAAAACACUAAGGGAAGCAUUCUAACAAAUAACUAACAUGGGGGAUGGGAGAAGAAGAUCUUUGUUAUGUUUCACUUCUUAAUUACAAAUUUGA